UGAACAUUCUGUUCUAUAGCAACCGCGACAGUUGUAGUUUAACAGACUUUUGUCAAAUCUGUGACAAAACAAAUAUCGACAAGCAUCUUUUAUCUACUCCCCAAACGUCCUUGUUGGAGCAUUUUUUUGUUGUAAAAUAAUAACGGAGACCAGCGGCAGUGGGUCAGAGGUCCAUGUCAAAGAAGACGCAGAGGAAGCGAGCAGCAACACCGGGUCUGAGAGCGAAUGGCGCCCAAAGGGAAAGUUGGCACAAAGGGAAAGAAGCAGAUCUUUGAGGAGAACGAGGCGACUCUGAAGUUCUACACAAGAGUCAUCCUUGGAGCUAACGCAAUAUAUACUGCUGUAAAUCUAUUGGUUUUCUACAGUUCGUCUACAUUUUGGACAUGGCUGCUUCUCGUGUUUGCACUAGCAGUGUAUGUCGGGAGUUACCGCUCCAUGUCUGCUAUGGCCAAGCCAGUGUUUGCUGAGGAUGGAAGUCUACUGGACGGAGGAAUAGACUUAAACAUGGAGCAGGGAAUGGCAGAGCACCUGAAGGACGUCAUCCUGCUCACAGCCAUAGUACAAGUUCUCAGCACAAUCUCUUCUUAUUUCUGGUAUCUUUGGCUGCUGGCUCCGGCCCGUGCCCUGCACCUGCUGUGGGUGAACUUUCUAGGCCCUUGGUUUACAGCAGAAAGCCCCUCAGCACCAGAGGAAGUGAAUGAGAAGAAGCAGAGAAGACAAGAGCGCAGACAGAUGAAGAGAUUCUGAUGCUGCAGAGCAGACGGAGCAGUAUUUUUGUACACAGAAUCUAAUAUACAGAUGGCAUGGAACUCCUAAGUUAUUCAGGAAGAAAUUUUGUUAUUAAGUUAAACUCAACCCAAAUCUGAUAAUGUGGAAUCUUGUUUUCCAUGUUUGUUUUCUUUCUGUUUUCUCCUGUAAUCCAAUUUUCUCCCCAAAUUAUGAAAUGAAAUGUUCCCUAUUUAGAUAAUGUCACGGUCCAAAUAUCAUUUGUCCUCAUGCAGAGAUAUUAGAGUUUUGCUAUUGCACAAUGCCGUCACACUUCCCCCUGCGGAUUUCCAUCAAGUCCCCAAACACAUCAGCCCCCCCCCAAAUACACUGAUGAAAAUGAGUCAAGACUGAAUUAAUUCUGCCAGGGCCUCUUUUAUCAUGGCAUGUUUUUAUUUUUUAUUUUGUGUUAUUUUUGAAAAAUGUAACAUAAUUCAUCAGUGAGCCUUCAUUACAGAGCUGAGAUAUUUUGUUUGUGAGCUAUAAAGUCUUAUAAAAUCAACUGGAUAGAAAUCAAGUUUUAAUAGGAAGAUGGAGACAUUUUUGCAAUAAAAAAAACUUUCUCCAGCGUGUGGAGUCGAUC